CCCAGAGUACUGCAGUCGCACCUGUCCGCCAUUUUCUAAUCUACCUCUGACUGUAGAUGGAGCUAAAACAUCCAACCAUGGAAACAUCCACCUGUUAGGGACAAACACACCUGUUGGCCUCCAGGUGUGUCCCUGCCUGGGACAGAGCCCCACAGGUUGACCUUCAUUUGACCCACCUGAGCCCAAAGUUUCACGUUUUUUCGACCAAUAAGUGUGAAGAAAAUCUGUCACCAAGCAGAGACAGGUGAAAUCUGGGACAAUAUGUCCAGUGUUUGGAGGACAGGUUUCUGCAGACACAGUGUAAGCUGAAAGUGUCCCGUCAGAGGACAUUUCUCCGCAGACACACCUUGCCUCAGGCUGCUAUAAUUAGCCGCCUCUCUGGCUGCUCAGCCCGCAUAUGUUUUGGCUUGUUUGGCUCCGCUGCUGCUCUCACUUCCGUGUUGUCUGUCACCGUAAAGCAGGAAGCCAGGCAGUUUUAUAUGGGAGUUAAUCUGCGGAUGUUUACCUCCAGGUGAUCCGCGGCUUCCAGACACUCUGUACCCGGAUACCAGGUGAAGCGGAGCGGCGGCAGGAGAAGCUACAUGGAGGCUAACUGACGGGGCUCGGCUGGAACGGUCUGCGGUACUUUAGCUCCACAAUGCCCGCCGGAGUGUGUGGCUGCUGCGGGCCCCUGAGGCCCCGGUACAAGCGUCUGGUGGACAACAUCUUCCCUCUGGAUCCCAAAGAUGGCCUCAGCAAGUCGGACAUGGAGAAGCUGACGUUCUACGCCGUGUCGGCGCCGGAGAAGCUGGACCGGAUCGGGGCGUACCUCGCUGACCGGCUGAGCAGAGACGUGGUGCGGCAUCGCUACGGGUACGUGGUGAUCGCCAUGGAGGCGCUGGACCAGCUGCUGAUGGCGUGCCACUCCCAGAGCAUCAAGCCCUUCGUGGAGAGUUUCCUGCACAUGGUGGCCAAGCUGCUGGAGUCCAGAGAACCGGACCUGCAGGUUCUGGGAACGAACUCGUUUGUGAAGUUUGCCAACAUCGAGGAGGACACGCCUUCCUACCAUCGCCGCUACGACUUCUUCGUGUCCCAGUUCAGCGCCAUGUGCCACUCGACUCACGAAGACCCAGAGACCAGAACCAGGAUCCGAGUCGCCGGGAUCAAAGGUCUGCAGGGAGUCGUAAGGAAAACUGUGAACGACGAGCUGCAGGCCAUCAUCUGGGAGCCUCAGCACAUGGACAAGCUGAUUCCCUCCAUGCUGUUCAACAUGCAGGACGCCGACGACCUGGACAGGGCGGGGCAUCCCAGCACGCCGUCCGGGUCGGGUCAGGAUGGCGAGGAGAACCCGGCGGCUCUGGCUGAGAACUGCUUCAGGGAGCUGCUGGGCCGAGCCGCCUACGGAAACAUGAAGAACGCCGUCCGGCCUGUGUUGGUUCACCUGGACAAUCAUCACCUGUGGGACCCGAAUGAGUUCGCCGUGUCCUGCUUCAGAAUCAUCAUGUUCUCCAUCCAGGCUCAGCACUCGCACCACGUGAUCCAGCAGGUUCUGACCCACCUGGACGGGAACAACAAGAGCACUCCGCGGGUCAGAGCCGGCAUCGUCCAGGUUCUGCUGGAGACGGUGGCCAUCGCUGCUAAAGGAUCCGUGGGAAUGAUCCCAGAGUGCAAAGGAAGCGACGUGUUCAACUUUGAAAGCGAAAGCCCGACUCCUCACAAUCUGUGGCUCGGUCCGACAGUCCUGGAGGUCUUCAACACGCUGCUCAAACACCUGCGGAUGAGCGUGGACUUCGAGCUGGGCGACAGCUCCAGGAGGAACUCCAGCAGCAGCGUGUCGUCGGUGCGCGGCCGCGAGAGCGACGAGCGCAUCGUGCAGAACGCCAUCAUCCAGACCAUCGGCUUCUUCGGUGGAAACCUGCCAGAUUACCAGCGAGCCGAAGUCAUGAUGUUCAUCAUGGGGAAGGUGCCGGUGUACGGGACGCCGUGCCACACCUUGGACACGGUGAAGAUCGGGCAUCAGGGAACCAAGAGGAUCCAGACGAUGCUGCUCAGCUCCCUCAUCAUGGUGACCUCCGGGUUCAAGUCCAAGUCCAUGUCGGCGGCGCUGCCGCCUCCCUUCCUGGACCCACUCUUCUCCAUCUCGCUGAUGGAGGACAGCGAGUUGAGGCAGCUGGUCCUGGAGAUCCUCCACAACAUCAUUGAUCGCCAUGACAACCGCGCCAAGCUGCGCGGCAUCAGGAUCAUUCCCAACGUUGCAGCUCUGAAGAUUAAAAGGGAGAAAAUAUCCAAGCAAGAUGUUGCAUUCAUGAAAAAGCACGGCCAGCAGCUCUACCGCCACGUCUACCUGGGCUGCAAAGAGGAAGACAACGUCCACAAGAACUUCGAGCUGCUCUUCACCACGCUGGCCAUCCUGACCAUCGAGCUGGCCAACGAGGAAGUGGUCAUCGACCUGAUCCGCCUCUCCGUCGCUCUGCAGGAAAUGGCUCUGAACAACGAGGAGAACAUGCCGAUGUCCAUCCGCUGUGGCAUCAUGGCGCUGGUGGCGGCGUACCUCAACUUCCUGAGUCAGAUGAUCGCCAACCCGCCGUUCUGUCAACACGUCAGCAAGGUAAUCGAGCUGAGAAACAUGGACGCUCCGUACCUCCUGCCUGAACACAUCUUCAGAGACAAGUGUCCUCUUCCUGAGUCUUUGGACAAAGACGACAGGCAGCUGUAUUUCCAGACGGCGGACAUGGCGGAGUGCCUGGCAGGCCCAGGAUACAACGCGGAGAGGUUGUCCAUCCCUUACAUUCCCCAGGUCACAGUUCUUUACACGGUAGGAAAAAUCAUCCACAGGUGCAAGCAGACGUCCAGAGACCGUCUGACCCGCAGGAAGAGUUUUGUGGACACCAUCUCUCUCCAGGUGGACAUCAUGUCCAGCAGCCUGCCAGAUAAGCAGCCGGAGCUGGCUGAGGAGAUCACGUUUGAGACCCUGAAGAAGGCCAUCGACACGACCGGCUUGGAGGAGCAGGAGAGGGAGAAGAGGCGUCAGGUGAUGGAGAAGUUCCAGAAAGCUCCGUUUGAGGAGAUCGCUGCCCACUGCGAGUCCAAGGCCAACAUGCUCCACGACCGCCUGGCCCAGAUCUUUGAGCUCACCAUCCGGCCGCCGCCCAGCCCGUCCGGCGUGGUUUCCAUCUCAGCCGGUCACACCCAGCAUCCGUCCGUUCCCGUCUACGAGAUGAAGUUCCCGGACCUGUGCGUCUACUGAACGACUCAAAACAUCAACAAAGGCCACCUCCGCUUUUCCUCCAAUCAGCGCGCUGCGAGGCGGCAGGGAGCCAAUCAGAGACUCGGACAUGCUGACCCGGCUGCACGUCGUUUCUCUGAUUCGCGUCCCUGAACCCAAACGGUCGAACAGAACAAAACCAGAACAACGCAAACCGCUUUAUGCUCCAUGUCGAUGCUUCACGCAGUGUAGAAAAACCAAACGAUCCUGUUAGAUAAAAACCACCUGCAGGUUCAGCAGCUUCUUAGCAGAGCAUCCAGUAGAACAGCUGAUGGAUUGGCCCGAUCGUCUGUAUUUACCCAUAAAACACUAACCAGUUCAGUUCAAACGGCUCCCGGUUGGUGAAACGGAUCCAGCUUUCAUUCCUGAAGCUUUUUAAGGAUUUGAAGAUUUACAAAAUCACAACUUUCACAAUGAUUCUUGGAUUAAAAUUCUCAGUAUUUGUUUGGUCUAGGAAGUCGGUGAAACGGGAUUUUGUCGGUCAGAUUUUCCAGGAAUAACUUAGAAAUAAACUCAACUAGUCUUGUUUUUACUUGGAGAACAAAAAGAUCAGUUUCCAAAUAUUUCAGAACCAGAUGAUUAAUUUUCAAAAUAACACAUUUUUCCAGAACCAUAAGGUCCAAAAAUAAAUCUUUGUUUACAGAUAAUAAUGAAUACUGUGAUGGUAAAAUUAACAUAAUUCAACAAGUUUUCUUGUUUGUCUUAAUUUUUUUCUGCCCUCUGUGUUCAUAGACUAAAAUAAUUUUUUUCUUAAUCACAACACAGCCACUAGAACUGUUGGUGUAAAAUUCAUUCAUGUUUAGCUUUUUAGGGAUAAGGCAAAACCUUGACAUAUUUUACUUUGUCUUGUGAAUUACGAUGAAAUAUUUUAGAUCUGAUGGAAGAAAUAUUUCUUCAGAGUUUAAUGUUUGACCAAAAUAAACAAUUUUUAUGAACCUUGAGAUAAAAAUCCAACAUGGCUGCAACAUAUUUAACAAAGUGGAAACAACCGCAGUCAUAAUUAAUUUUUGCACUUCUGUUUUCAACCCGUUUACUUUCCCAGUCUGUCCGUCAGGCUCCAACAUAAACACCAGCGUCAUGCAGUUCAGCACAUGGACAACAGGGGGCAGUGCAUCACAAUUUAAGGACUUAAAGCGCUAGCUUGUUUGGCUACUGCCUGACCAGCUAACUGGCUAAAGAUGCGACACUUUCCCACCAUAACGUCGUAUUUACGGCACCAUGGUGGUUUUAGGAAGGCUGCUCUUCUACCAGAGUUCGCUUCCAGCUCGGUUCACCAGGCGGGCCGGGAUUAAAACCGCGGGAUUAGUUCCAGAUUAUGAGGUAUGUCAACGGCUUCGUGAGCCUCAUCAACACUUUAAAUCAAAGCUGCAUCGAUAUUCCUGGAGUUUCUUAAAGCAGGUUUAAUAAAAUCUUAGAGGUUGUUGUCAUGGCUACUAAACCCGAAGGUGUAAAGUUUGCAGAAGUGGGUCGGUUCUGAGUGUGGAGGUUCCUGGUUCUGGUCGGGCUGCAGCUGGUUUUGUAAUCCUCUGGUCUGAUCAGGACUCCAGGCUGAAGGUCAGACAUGAGCAAACGAUCCGGGCACAUCGAGCUGGAUCUGGUCCGAAUCGUUUCCCGGUGGUUCUGUCGUACGUUGAGCUCGUCGUGUUUCCUGAAAAGUGAAUUUUGAUGGUUUUUAUUCACCAACCUGAGCCUGUUUAAGCUGAACUGUAGAUUGGUUUCAUUACUUUAACUAGACCAAACCUGCAGAACAUCUGUUAGGAGUUCAGAAAGAACCGCUGACUGUCGCUGAGUUCUGGUCCAAAAGAUGGAAACGGAUCAACAUGGGGACUCCUGAAGGUGCAGUACCAACUGUGACCACCAGGAGUCGGUUAUUAUUACAUUAUGUACUGAAGUUAAAGCUAAUGGUAGCAGAGCCGCUCUCCUCUAGAACUGACAGGUUAAGAUGCUGGAAAAUAAGUUAAUCCUGCAAAACUUUCAGCUCCUGAAAUCUAGAAGUAAAUAUUUUACAGAUUUUUCAAAUGCUUUCUAGCAACUAGAUAUUCACAGUCUGGUGUUUCUCCACCAGUGUCUUUCCAUAACCUUGGUGGCUGAUAUAAAAGGUACUGGGCGGUUUUUACCGGGAGCCUGUUCAGUUUUUACCUGAGUUUCCUGGAGAUGAGACUUUAACUUCAGGGACGGUUUGUUUUAGGAACCUGAGGUUCUGGGAGAGGACGGGCUGCUUCAUCUCAACGUGAUCCACAUCGUUGUCUAGUCUAGUAAUAAUUUACCUGUGCAGCUGUAAGGAGAGCCGAGCAGGUCGAGAUCGUCCACCAGCUUCUGUACAGAACCCGAUCCAAAAUCAGGUCGAACCGGAGCAAACUGAGCCGGUUGUGAAUCCCGACCUUCCCAAACUAACAGCAUGAUUCGUUCUUUAUAUAUAAAAUGGGCUGUGAAACCCGAUCCGUCUAGAACCCGACGUUUCACCGCCCGGCCCGGCCCGGUCCGGAGACUGGCUUGUUUUAGACGUGGCUGGAAAACGUGAUGAAUGUCGCUGACGCAGCAGAUCGUAUAUUUUUGUACAUUUUAUGCAUCACAUGGUUCAGUUGCUGCCUGGUAGAUUUCAGACAUAUCACUGAAAAAAUGCUGAAUCAUCGUUUCUUGUUUAUCGUCGCUGAGCCUUUGAAUCGGAUCAUGAAUCUUUGAAUCGGAUCAUGAAUCUUUGUCUCGAAUCAUAGAAAUUAUUUUGAUUGAAAUGAGCUGUUAUAGUUUUAUUUAGAUUUAAACCUUUUUUCACCAGAUUGUCGCCGUUUGGUCAGAAAUCAUGUCAAACUGGGAUCAGUUCACCAGCACAGAAACCCGCCACCUGACCUCCGGGUUUGGACCACUCCUUGCUUUUUGCACAUGAAUGUUUGUCAGUAUUAGCGGCUGAGUGGAGGAGAGACCAGCUCUGUCAUUUCAAACCCAAACGGAUCGCGGUUCCCCCGUUUGCACUUAAAACGGUUCUGAGGCACAAAAACGGCACAACGGUACGAAUGGAAAUGUUUUUAUGUUCAGCUGGUUCCUUACUGUGGGACGGCCCAGGAUGGAGCCGCUCGUUUCCACGGCAACAGCGAAACCUUCUCGUUUUAUUCGUCUGUGGUGCAGCAGUCUGUGUUCUUGUGCCAGUUUUAGAGAAAUGUCUCGUCUCUGUUCACCUUCAAAGAUAAAACACUGACGCUCAGAGUUGUUGAUCAGUGAUUUAUGACCACUAGAUGGCGCCACGGCUCAGCUCUUCCUGCAGGUUCAGGAAAUGUCGUGUUUUUGUUCUGGACUCACUAACCUGAACUUAAACACUGGAUGAUUGGCUUGUAUGAUGUCAUUUCCUGAACCUGAGCUGCAGCAGAGCCUCAGCGUUACGAUAAUGUCUCAGAAUGUGUUGAAAUGUGAUGUUGGAGAUUCAAAUAAAAUGUUUC